AUGCCCCCGCCGUGGGUCCUUCUGCUCCCCCUGGCCCUGGCGGCCCCGCUGGCCCCGCUGGCCCCGCUGUCCCCGCGGCCGGCCUGCGGGCAGGGGGCCCCGCCGCCGUCGGGGGGCUGCCGGCCGGGCGACGAAGCGGGCGACGGCGGGGGCCCGCGGAGGCUGGGCCAGCCCUGCGGGGUCUACACCGCCAGCUGCGGGCCCGGCCUGCAGUGCCGGCCCCCGCCCCGCGACGGGGCGCCGCUCCGGGCCCUGCUCCUCGGCCGGGGCCGCUGCCAGCCCGGGGACAGGGGGGCGCCCGCCCCGCCGCCAGAGGGGCCCGACCCCACCGGACCUCAGGACGAGGGAGGAGAGCGGGCCCGGGAGGCGGCCCCCGCAGGGGAGGGAGCAGGAGCGGGGACUGCGGGGGACAAGGACCCCGAGAUGGGUCCCUGCCGCCGCCACCUGGACGCAGUGCUGCGCCGGCUCCAGGCCGCUGUCUUCCGUGGGGGAGACCUCUACAUCCCCAACUGCGACCACCGAGGACACUACCGUCGGAGACAGUGUAAAUCUUCCACGGGACAGCGUCGAGGCCCCUGUUGGUGCGUGGACCGGAAGGGUCAGCCCGUCCCCAGCCCGGCGGGCCCCGACAGUCCCUCCGUCUGCCCGCCGGGACCCUCCAGCUGAGGGGGCGCCGGGGUGGGCUGGGGUGGGCGGCAGGGAGCCAAGGCUCUCCCCAUCCCCUCCGGCCGGGGGACCUCCCGGUGAAGGGCCCGCCUGACUUAUAUUUAUUGCCAGGAGAGGAGUCCUGCGUGUACUCCCACCAGCGCUCAGUACAGCGCUCUGCGCACCACGAGCACUCAAUAAAUACCACCGAAUGAA